CAUACAUUACGGGUACUUUUGUAUUCACCGCGUGUAGUAUUGACAAGUGAUCAAAAUCAACCGAAGAUAGUCGCAUCUUGAUUAUGGCAUCUGUGUAUUAUUUAUUCGACGAUGCGAUUCACCUAGCCGAUGAUAUUGUUCAGGAAUAUUCGAAACAGCAGACGAAUCUGAAAGAAAACCACUAUGCAGCGACAAUAAUUCAAAGGACAUAUCGUGGUUACUUAAUACGAAAAUCGUACAAGAAGCACCUGGAAGCAAUCAUAGUCUUCCAGAAGUAUACUAGAGGUUGGCUUGUAAGGUAUCAUCUUCCGGAUCGGUUGCACGAGUUCUGGGACUCAAUGUGUCUGAACGCAUAUAGCAAAGCAGCUGCUAAACUACAAGCUGUCUGGAAAGGGUAUAAAGUACGCCAAGAAAUCGACAUAAAAAAAAUAAUGCAAGCAAGAAAAAUGUCGGAGCAUCUAGCUAAAAACAUGGAUGAUAGUAGUUUGGAUAGCAAAUCAAGUAAUGAAAAUAAAGACACCGAAAGGCCAACGAUUGUGGAAGAUUUGUCACUUGGGGGUGUACCGCUUGGCAAAAGAAAGGACCUCAUUCAGCGCAUUAUGGAGCUGAUGUUUGACCGCCAUCAUUUGCUCAGCACCCAAAUACAUCAAGGGGUUUUACAGGGUAGCAGCGAGUUAAUGGAAAUUGAAAAAAUUAUCAAAAACCUACCCUGGUCAGAGUACAUGAAGAAAAUGAGGAAGUUGUAUUAUAAACAUCGAGAGUCCGAACUUAACAAAAAAUGUACGUAUAUCUUCACUGAUAAGAGAAUGCAAUAUCAAGAGGACCUUCUGAAGCUUAGAGAUAAAAGUCGUGAUAUUAAAGACAACGAUAUGGGAAAAUGCAUUGCUGACAUGAGGCCACCGUUUAAUUUGUCUAUGAAAUGUCAAGAAGCCGGUUACCAAAAAAGUCUUCUUUCUGAAGGACACUACAUUAAACGUGAAACAAAUAUACAGCGAACCGAAGACAAAUCGAAGAACAUUAGCGACCAAGACUUCGUUUUGGUACUGAAACAAAUUGUAAAUGAGUGCAAUAUUCCGCCGUAUUACGCCGAUUUUUGGUACCAAGAAUGCAUUGGGCAUCAUUUUGUUGAUUAAAAGAUUGCAAAAGUUGGAAUUCUACACAAUUAUUACAUUCUUUCAGUUCAGAAA